GAGUCGCGCGAUUGCAGCGCUCAAUAUGUCAAAAAGUGUUGUGUUUAGUCUCCGGUGAAUUGUCGAGGAAGUUGCUGGAAAUAUUGCAUUUUACGGAAGUUUUCGCAGAAAAUCACAAUGGCAGAUGACGAAUUAAGUGCCAUCCGUGCUCAGAGAUUGGCUGAAAUGCAGAAGCAAUAUGGAGGUCCUGAUCAGAAGCAGCAAGGAGAGGCUCAGGAGGAGCGCCGCCGGCAGGAGGAGGAUAUGAAGAAUGCCAUCCUGGCCCAGAUCAUGGAUCAGGCGGCUAGGGCGCGUCUCAACACGCUGAAACUCAGCAAACCCGAGAAGGCGCAAAUGGUGGAACAGAUGGUCGUCCGGAUGGCUCAAAUGGGCCAAAUUUCAGGCAAACUGGACGAUGGGCAGCUUGUGCAACUCCUCGAGAGUGUAAAUAAGCAAAUGCCGCGCAGCACCUCUGCUGUGAAGUUUGACCGGAGGCGCACGGCUCUGGACUCUGAUGACGAAGACUACGGACUGUAAAUCACUGAUCUUCAUCCCCAAAUUCACGCGCUUACUCGGCAAGUAAUUCACUACGCACUUCUCGCGGGAUGUUUAUUGUAAUCUGCCAGAAUGAUUAAAUUGUCACAUAAUUUUUACAA